AUGUCAUCCUCGGCAUUUGGCGCCCUGGUAGAGUCUCAGAGCCCAGCUUCUAUCGCCAGUCCGGCUGCCGUUGUGCGUAGAGAUAAGCAAGGCAUCGCACACACCCCAUCCGAUCAUGAGUUGGUUGAGCUACAGCAAGGGCGUCCACAGCCUGUCAAUGGGGUAUCAUCGAAUACUGCCACCGAUGUGCAGACUCCUAUCACCCCAGGUGAACUCGAAAGUCACUCAGCCUCCCCUGGAGAGAAUGAGGCUUCCGGUCCGGCACCGACUUUCAGCAACCCAUCCAAGACCAAAUGGCGCUUCUUGAGUACCUGUUUGAUAAAUUUCGCGCAGGGAUUGAACGACAGCGCCCCUGGUGCUUUGAUCCCUUACAUGGAGAAAGACUACAAUAUCGGUUAUGCGGUCGUAUCUCUGAUCUUCGUUACCAAUGCCUUGGGCUUCAUACUCGCAGCCUUGAUCACACAUCCACUAGAGAUGAAGCUUGGUCGCGCCAAGUGUUAUGCUCUGUCCAUGAGCCUGUUAGUGGCCGGAUUCGUGAUCAUCAUCUGCAAACCUCCAUUUCCCGCGGUCGUUGCAAGUUUCUUUCUUCUUGGUUUGGGGAUGGCCGUCUGUCUAGCGCUGAACAAUGUUUACUGCGCGAACCUCGCCAACAGUACCGCGGCUUUGGGUGGUCUUCAUGGGUCUUAUGGAGUCGGGGGCGUCGUGGGACCGCUUGUGGCAACUGCUAUGGCAUCACAUGGAGUUCGUUGGUCCCUUUUCUACUGUAUCAACCUCGCGCUGUCGUUGUUCAACCUGGCCUUUGCGGUAUGGUCGUUCGCGAAUUACGAGAAAGAGCUUCCAGCACAGCUUCUGGGCGCAUUACAGCAGACCGCAUCCCGGCAAGCAAGCGGCGGCGAGUCAAGAAGCCGAAGCCGUCUUCUCAAGCAAGUGGUCAAGGAUAAGACCACCCUGCUUGGGGCUCUGUUCAUCUUUGCCUAUCAGGGCGCCGAGGUCUCAAUCUCUGGGUGGGUGGUGUCGUUCCUCAUCAGCUAUCGCCAUGGGGACCCGUCACACGUCGGUUAUGUUAGUGCCGGCUUCUGGGCUGGGAUUACUCUCGGUCGCUUCUUCUUAUCGCAUCCUGCCCACUUUAUCGGAGAAAAGCUUUCUGUCAUUCUCCUUGUGAUCGGAUCCAUCGCAUUUCAGCUUAUGACCUGGCUCAUUCCCAACAUCAUCGGGGAUGCCGUCGCUGUCGCGAUCGUGGGUCUCCUCCUAGGCCCCGUUUACCCGUGCGCCACUGCGGUAUUCAGCAAGCUGCUGCCCCGGUCGAUGCAGACGUCGAGCUUGAGUUUCAUUAGUGCGUUGGGAAGCAGCGGGGGUGCCGCCUCGCCCUUCUUUACGGGGUUGUUGGCGCAAAAUGUGGGCACUUACGUGCUGCAUCCGAUCUGCGUUGGAUUGUAUGGAGUGAUGCUUGUGGCCUGGGCGUCUCUGCCGCGUAUCGCAAAGAGGUCGGAAUGA